GGGCACAAUAGAUAUAGGACCAUGGGUUAUCGUGCACCACAGCAAUAUCUCUUUAAUAUCAUGGGAGAAUGAUGAGGUGUUUAAAUGUGAUUGGUUAAGAGAAAAGUAAGUUGAUGGUCGACAGAUCAUUGGAUCAUCUCCGCCCAUGACGCAAGUCCCAACUCCACAACUCCCGACCUCGUCCAUUAUCGUCGUCUCAGAAUAACAUAUUUUCCACAAAUUAAAAUUAAUAAAAAGUGUUUUAUGGGUUGUUGUUGUUGUUGCUCAUGGAUCAUCCAAAACCUUUAAAUUUAAAUAAUAACUCACUUUCUUUCAAAAAUAAUAAUAAUAAUAAUAACUCGCUUUGCUUUUCCUUUUUUGGGUUUUCACCAAAAUUUUCUAUCUCAAUUCUCUAAUUUGGAGAAACAUAUAGCCCUAGCUAGCUAUGGAGCAAUGGAAACCAGAAGAUUACUCUCCACAUUCAGCUCCAUCUUCAUCUCAUGAUCAUUCAAGACAAAAACAAAAGGCAGAUGUGGAUGUGGAUCCAGUAACUGCAAGAAAAGUUCAGAAGGCAGACCGAGAAAAGUUGAGAAGAGAUAAAUUAAAUGAGUACUUUCUUGAACUGGGAAACACAUUAGAUUCAGAUAGGCCCAAGAAUGACAAAGGAACAAUACUUACAGACUCAAUUCAAAUGCUGAAGGAUUUAACUGCUGAAGUUAACAAAUUAAAGGCAGAGUAUGCAUCACUUUCGGAAGAAUCGCGUGAGCUGACUAUGGAGAAAAAUGAGCUAAGAGAAGAGAAGGCAUCUUUAAAAUCUGAUAUAGAAAAUCUCAACAUUCAGUAUCAGCAAAGAGUGAGGGUUAUGUUCCCAUGGGGUGCAAUUGAUCCAUCUGUUGUAAUGGGUCCAACUUACUCAUAUCCAAUGCCUGUUCCUGUUCCACAAGGUCCAAUUCCCUUCCAUCCUUCAUCGCAGCCAUUUUCGUUCUUUGGAGCUCAGAAUCCCGGCGCUGUUCCAAAUUUUGUCCAAUACCCAACACCAGUCCAUCCUCCGAUCGAACAGCCCACAUCUCAGAAUGCUUCCACUUCCCAUAUUUCAAGCAAACAUGAUUCGAGAAGCAAAUCAUCUGAUCAACGAAGGGGCAGCAAUGCAGAAAGAGCUUCUGAUGGUUCCACCGAUGUAGCAACGGAUCUUGAACUUAAGAUGCCAGGUUCUUCAACCCAACAGGACUCGUCUUCUGGAGUUAGUAAGAAAAGCAAGCAAUCGCAGAGGAAAGAAAGGACUACCACGAACGGAAGCUCUACAAGUAGGUUUUCUUCCCAAGCUCAUCAAGAUAGCUCCUCCAACAGUGUGGGUGACAUUCCAAAAUCUAACAACUGAAGUUGUGUUCCAACCAACUUCCAGAUAGGAAAAAAGGGUAUCUUUGUUACCAACUAACAAAGGCAAAUUGAGACUCUUGACUUUUUUUGGUUUCCAUAAGAGGGACUUGAGAGGUGUCUAGCUCAAUUUUGGAGGUGUAUAGCUCAAUAUACAGGAUGGCAUGUCAAAGUUUGGUAUCUUUGUAUAUUACCUGUACAAUAAUGUUUUUCUGGUAUAGCUGGAUAUUCCACUUCCAGGUCAUAAAUUAGUAUAUAAAACUAAUCAAAAGCAGCAUUUUGCCUU